AUGUCGGAAAACAUCCUUUUCGAAAACAGCUUCAAGAUCACCGACAUCAACAGCGCAAAGUACGACCGGGUAUCCCGCAUCAAGGCCUACAGCGAAGGAGGUCAAGAAGUUUUGUUGACGCUCGACGUCAACACCGAACUUUACCCUCUUAAUGUGGACGAUCGCAUGACGGUGGCGUUGGCGCUGUCACUCAACCUCGACGGCAGCAAAGACGACGGAAAAGGCUGGAGGGAAGUCGGGCGAGGCGAGCAAACACUGGCGGAUGAAUUCGACUAUGUGUGCCAUGGGAAGAUCUACCGAUUCGAGGAAGGCAGCGGAGAGAACAUCAAGGUCUACGUUUCCUUUGGAGGUCUGCUGCUCUACAUGGAUGGCCCGUAUGCGCUGUUGAACGCACUCCGGAUCGACUACGUCUACUUGUUGAUGAAGAAAUAA